AUGGGGAACAAACAGACCAUCUUCACGGCCCAGCAGCUCGACGCCUAUCAGGACUGUACUUAUUUCACCAGAAAGGAAAUUCUCAGACUCUUCUACCGCUAUCGGGAUUUGGCUCCGCAGCUCGUUCCACUUGACUACACCAACCAGCCAGAUGUGAAGCUGCCGUACGAGCUGAUUGGCAGCAUGCCGGAGCUGAAGGACAACCCCUUUCGUCAGAGAAUCGCAGAGGUUUUCUCAGAGGACGGAGAAGGAAACAUGACGCUGGACGACUUCUUGGACAUGUUCUCUGUCUUGAGUGAGAUGGCUCCUCGAGACCUGAAGGCCUACUACGCUUUCAAGAUCUACGACUUCAACAACGACGACUUCAUCUGCAAGUCCGACUUGGAGAAGACGGUGAACAAGCUGACCAGGAACGAGCUGACGGAGGACGAGGUGAGGAUGGUGUGCGAGAAGGUCAUCGAUGAAGCCGACCUGGACAACGACGGCCGCUUGUCUCUGGAGGACUUCCAGCACAUGAUCGUCCGAGCCCCAGACUUCCUCAGCACCUUCCAUAUAAGAAUUUAAGAGGAGAAACCUUCGGCGGCAUCCUGAGACAUCAACAACCUGUAAAUAAUGCCUUGUCUUAGCAGCUUAAACAUAGUUUUAAAUGUAUAUUAUUACUGUUGAACCAGGAAGAAGCUUCCCAGGAAACAUUUAACUGUUUAUUUAGCUACUCGUUUAGUUCAUUAAAAGCACUUACAUUGGCAUUAUUCAUCUCUUUACACUCGAACUGCAACGACCAUAAAUGUAAAUUGUUAACAUAUAUCCUUUCAAUAACAUGCCACAUAAAUUAUAACGUUUUCGCUUAAUAUGUAAAAAUUCGUUUCAGUGCAAAAAGACUAACAAAGCAAACUUUAAAGUACUAGUAGCGCUUUAGCUAGCUAGCUAAAUGAGCUAAUGCUAACGCAUCGUAUAAGUUACGGAAAACUACACGCAAACAAACACGGCGUUAUUACGAACGGCGUCCGUUACGUAUGACGUGACAAUCAGCAUGUAUCGAAAUGUCUUCGUAAAGCGAACCUAGUGUUUUCCAGCGCUGUGAGCAUCGAGGUCCAAAUACCGGUACAUCACGGUCCUCAUGACACCGCUACACAGGUGCUUCAACUAAAAUACAGUCAAAUCAAUUACAAAAAUAUAUUAUACUAAUUUCUCAACAACAACAAAAAAACAUGCACACCAUUAACUACUUUCUUUAUUCAGUUGUCGAAAAAACAAGUCACACAUUUUUGGUCUGAUUUAUUAAGCAAAAACAUCACAGAUCACUUACAUUCAGAAAAUUGUCUUCUGUUUUUAAAUAAUGAUACUUUUCCUCCCACAUAUUUUUGGUCCCAACAUCCCGACAUUUCUACUUUUAAACAACGUAACGAGAAAAGUGUAAAAAAUAUAUUAAAUGUUUAUGAAAUUAAAUCUGAAAUAAAAAAAUGUUACUCUUCACAGCAACAACCCAAAACAUCUAAAUAUAUACUUUAUCUAUUCAAUAAUUUUCCUGAUUUCCACACAUGUACACAAGAAAACAUACAUGAGCGUGCACCACUUCAGUUCUGAGCAAAAUACAGUUAUUAAAAAAUACCAACAGUGGCAGUUAUCAAACACAUGGCGAACAAAAUAACACUUUUUUGAAGACUUUACUUUCUGACACAUGCAGAACUAUAAGUUGACUAUAAGUUUUUUGCGCUCAACUUUGAAUAAAAAGGGAAAGAAAAUAUCAAACCGAGGUCCAAUUCCAUCUAUGCAUAGCUUACUCAUGAAGUCAUCGUGAGGUCACUGAAAAGUAACAGACAUCUUUGAAACGGCUAAAACAUCACAGCUAUAACUGAAACCAGGGACACGCACACAGAUCACUCCAGAAGAUCACUCAAAAGACACUGAAACAUACGGUUUGGUUCGACAGUAGCACCAUAAAGCGAGUUCAUCCAGUAAAUGAAGCACGACUCGUCAGCACAGACGUCAAACAAGUGCAACAUUUAACUGUGAUAUGUUUCACACUUGAUCCAAUUUGUCAGUGAGGAAUUAGGCUGCAACACAACAACAAAUAAGAUGCUGAU